AUGGGAUUGCUAGAUAUUCCGGCAGACGGGCUCGAAAACCCCAAGAAUUCGGCCAUUUCUGAAGUGACUUCAACAACAACAAACCUCGACGUCGAAAAGCACGACAGUAGCACGGUUGAUGAUUCAGGAAAUGGCGGUCUUCAGGGUGAUGAGGAUCCGCGCCAAUGGCCAGAGCGUAAGAAAAUGGGAAUCCUGGUGAUGGUCGCUGUCAUGACUUUUAUCACGCCCAUGAGCCCUGCCAUGCUCUCUUCUGCUAUUCCGGAGAUCUUGACCGAGUUUCCGACGACAAAUACAGUGUUGGCUUCCAUGUCGGUGUCAAUCUAUGCUCUUGGAUUAGCAGUCGGGCCACUCAUCAUUGCACCGCUUUCAGAAGCGUACGGGAGAUUGGUUCUCUACCACGCAACUGCUAUUCUCUUCAUCAUUUUCAGUAUCGCGUGUGCUGUAAGCACCAACCUGAACAUGUUGAUCGCCUUUGAGUUCUUUCAGGGAUGCAUGGGCUCGGCACCCAUCACCAUGGGGGGUGGUUCCGUGGCUGAUAUGUAUUCCCGGGAGGAGCGUGGUGCUCGCAUUGCCUUUCUUGCCACUGGUCCAUUAAUCGCACAGUUUGUCGGACCAGUUGGGGGAUCUUUUCUUGCCGCCGCUCGUGGGUGGCGCUGGGUUUUUUGGCUCGUUACAAUUCUAACCGGAGUUAUUGAAAUCGGCUACUGCUUUUUAAUGCAUGAAACCUACCAGCCGGUCCUCCUCCGUCGAAAGCUUCGUGGCCUCCGACAGGCUGGUAAUACACAAAUUUCAGAUUUUGGACCAGACGAGUCUCCUUUGAGGCUGGUGGGCAGUUCUAUCUUGCGACCUUUGAAGAUGCUCUUUCUAUUUCCUAUUAUUUUUGGACUUGGUACCCAUGCUGCUGUUGGUUAUGCCUAUUUCUACCUUCUUAUAACCACACUCGCGAAUAUCUUUAUUGGUACAUAUGGACUUGAACCCAAGAUUGUCGGGCUGGUGUAUCUUGGGAUUGCCACCGGAAUGGCUCUUGGGGCUGCAACCUUCGCCAUAUACUCUGAUCGGAUGAUAAAACAGCGAGCAGCCCAUCGCAUGGCAAAACCGGAAGACAGAUUAGUGCCUAUGGUAGCUGGUGGUGUAGCUAUUCCCACGGGCUUAUUGAUUUAUGGAUGGACUGCACAGUAUGGAGUACACUGGAUUGUGCCAAUCAUAGGAACGGGUUUUCUUGGUCUAGGAUUAAUGUGGUUGCUGCUCUCUAUAGAUACUUAUCUCGUUGACGCCUACCCACUUUACGCAGCUUCAAGCAUCGGGGCUACUACUGUUUUCCGCUCAUUUAUCAGUGCUUUUCUCCCGUUGGCAGGGCCAUCUAUGUACGCCCGACUAGGGCUCGGAUGGGGGAAUUCACUCCUAGCAUUCAUUGCUAUUGCACUUGUUCCGAUCCCACUACUCUUUUUGCGGUAUGGUGAACGCGUCCGCUUGAAUCCCAAGUUCCAAUGGGAUCUCUGA